AUGACAAUGCUAUUGAGUAAAUUGCAAUUUAUAAAUCCGAGUACUAAGAAGAUUUUUAAUUAUGGAAAUAAAUACCUUAAUUGGCAAGCAAUUCGUAAGCAGACUGCAAAACCAUUAGAAGUUAACAGUGAUAUUCACUCCCCAUCUCAAUCAGAGGCGUCGAAUACUGGAGUAACAUCAGAUAUUAAUGAAGUAAAUGUUUAUCCAACUGUAACUCGAGUAGUUCCUAUGCUUUUAAGGGAUAAGGAUCCUAUAGUAUUACCUUUUGAUGAAGUCCCUGGACCGAAAUCUUUAAAAUAUCUGUCUGUUUUCCGGAAUUACUUAUCGGAAAUCGGAACUCAAAUGACAGCAAACUUUUUAACAUUUGGCCUUAAUAUUGGCCUUAUUACAUUUUCAAAAAAGUUUCAAUUGCUAGACACUGAGCUGAUAUAUAGUCAGUGUGACCCGUCUUGGAUGUACCAUAGCUUGGACAAGGCCACUGAUGCCAUUGUGAAAUGUGAAACUGGCUUCCAUUUGUGGAAAUUCUUUACUACUCCCGCUUGGUACUCGUUGGUGAAGUACUGUAAUAUUUUGGAUAGCUUAAUUGGCAAAUAUGUGCUAGAGGCAGAACAAGACCUUUCUAUAAACGCUCAGGACGAUGAUGGCAAAUAUCCCUAUUCGUUGGCAAGUGCAAUGUUAUUAAGUGAGAAUAAGUUCAAAACGGAAGACAUUGCUACAAUUUUGAUGGACAUGCUUCUUAUUGGAGUCAAUACUAUUACAACGUCGAUGUCCUUCCUAUUGUACAACAUCGCAACACAUCAAAAGUGCCAACGACAACUCCAUCAAGAGAUAGGCAACUUGAACGAAGAUAUGGUUGUGAAAGGCGUGAGCAAAUUGAAGGAAACCACGCCUUACUUACAAGCGUGCAUUAAAGAAACAUUGAGACUUGUUCCACCUAUUCCAUUAUUGACAAGGAUUUUAUCAAGAAACAUAACUCUAGAUGGAUACAAUAUUCCGCGAGGAACAUUAAUCAUAAUGUCGUCACGUGACGCGUCGCUCAAAGAAAGCAACUAUGACCACGCGUCCAUUUUCUAUCCAGAGAGAUGGCUAAAAGCAGACUGUAAGGAGUACCACGCCUUCGCAUCCAUACCAUUUGGGUUUGGUGCUAGGAAGUGUGUGGGACAGAAUAUAGCUGAAACUAUGCUUUCUUUAUUAACUAUAAGGGUAAAAAAUAUUGAUUAU